UGGGACGCCGUGGCGGCGAUGGAGCGCAACGGGGAGCUGGAGUCGGCCGUCCAACAAUUGCGGCGCGUGAGCGAGCAGCUGGAGCGUGAGCUCAACAGUGUCAGGUCCUCAUUUGAGCAGAUCCAGCGACACGCUGACCCGCAGCUGUCGUCGACGUAUCUCGAGCCAAUAUUGGAAGAGAACUCUGACGAGCUGAGUUCCAACAAUGAUGACGACGACGACGACGACGACGACGAUGACCUGUUGUCGCUGUCUUCCAGCAAACAUGCUUCUCAUCUAGAGGAUGCCCGCGAUGAUGGCCGUAUGAACCCACAACAGCGCGUCUCCUGCUCCAUCAGCCCCGUGUCUUCUUCUUCUUCAUCAUCCCCUUCACCAACCCAGGUGGACGCGUUGAACAACCAGCAAUCGACGUCGCGAGGUGUCGCUCCCUGUUCUCUGUCAUCAUCAUCAUCCAAGUCGUCAUCGCCAGACGUGCUGAGAUACGCAACGGGCUUAAGCAAGCUGUCGGUGCUUUUGUCGCCGAGCUUCGUGGACCGUAUUAGGCUGUACCGCAGUUGCGGGGAUCUGACAGAAGCGACAUCUGUGGACAACUCGGACUCAUGGUUCCCCAUUCAGCCGCUGCUCAAGCUCGUCAACCCGCCGAGUCCCUGUGGUGGUGACAUCAUUGACGACGACGACGAAGAGGACAGCAAACUGCUCUCCAAAUUUUACCAGUACACAGAGUCGACGCGGCACUGCAAACGAGUGACGCAGUUGCUGAGCAGCUGCUGCACCAACGAUAGCGACUAUACCAGCAGCAGCAGCAGCAAAAAGAAAAGAAGCCACGAGUACGUCGCCGACACACUCUCACCCAAGACGUCCCGACGCAUUCGCCUGGCCAACUUGCUCAACCGGGAUGCGCAGCGGCGACGACUGCAACUCACCAACGCCGUCGCCGACAAAACGGCGUCCACAUCCUCAUCACCAGAGGCGGAUCCCGAAAAGCAUCGCAUAAUCACACCCACUACAGCUGACAAAAACAACAACAACAACAGCAGCAAGCCGCGGCCGAAACCCCGUCUUCAACGACCGUCGUUGUCGACAACGACGUCCCAUCACCAGCAGCAGCAGCAGAGACCGAGCAGCAGACUGGACGCCGACGUCGUCAACAGCGGCAGGGCCGACGUCGGAGCUGCUCGUCGUCGACGGCCAAUCACUCCGGAACUCGCCAGGGAAUUCCUCUUGUCCGAAGGCAUCUUCGACGACUCCCUGCUGAUCCUGCGGGACUCGAGCAUGUCGGACGACGUCGUGACGACGGCGACUCAGCCGUUCAAUCUGCUUGAUGAGUCCCGGUGUCGAUCAGGAGACGGCGAUGAAGAGGCAGGCGUGGUGCCAUCGUAUUUCUCUCCGACAGAUGACGCACGCAGCAGCAGCUGUUGGCGGAUCGGCGAUGACGACUGGGAUCCAGCACGACGAUCAUCAGUCCCGAUAUCGACGAGACAUGACGACGAUUUUCGAUGUUCAGGAAGAAGCCCAGCGGAGUUCACGCAGCAGUGGAGCGAAGAAAGAAUGCCUUCCGUUUCUCCUCGCCUCACGGAGUACUUCUGCUACGACGACGAUGACGUCAACGAUAGCAGCAUGAUCCGUACUUCCUCGUACCGCGACAUCCACCGCUUCGAAUGCGCCGAUGACCUUUGGCCGGCUGAGACCUACUUGCGCGGACACGACAUCUACUCUGAAAGCACUUGGAUACCACUGAACUCGUCGAUGGACGAAGUUGAACACGGCAUGUUCGUCACUUCUGAUGCUGAAGAGCCUGGAUGGUACAAGCUGGACAAACACAAGGUCGAGCGAGAGUGGACAGAGAUAAUCGAACACGGGAUCACUGAACACAGUAAGAACGGUAAGCAGUCAGAGAACGUUGUGCAUGCUGCCGAGGAAGAAGCAAUUAGCACAAACAAGAUCGAUAACUCUGGGUGCAGUUACGAUUGUUGCAUCCGUUGUUGUUGCUGGAUGACAAACGAGGCAUCUUCGACAUCCGUGUCGGGUGAAGAAUCCGAAACAAACCCGCUACCCAGGCAGGAUCCAACAAGAGAAGAGACAACCUCGUUCUCACCGCAUCACGAUGAUGAUGAUGAUGAAGUUGAGAUUGCCACUGAGUUGGAAACAAUACGCAACAAUGGACAAAAAACGCAUCCACCACUCGAAACAAACUUGCAACUCAGGCACAGUUUAAAAACGGAUAAUAACUCAACACACUCGACCCUUCAUGAUCAUAAUGAUGCUGGAGUAACGAUCACUAAACCGGAUCAAGAACCACACAACAAUGACGGACCAAUGCAUCCGAAACCGCGAAUAACAACGUCAUCAUCAGACGAAGGACACAAGAAUUCACCAGAGACGCACCCGAAAACGGCAGAAAGAACAUCUCCGAUCCGCAGUAGGGCCAUUUCCACGAUGAAUCUCUCAAACGAAUCCCACAACACCACCAGCACCAUCACACGCAAGCCACAGACCCGAGCACCGAGGAAGGAAAGACCAGUAUCCAUGUUGAGUCCGUCCGACCUGAGCAUGCAGUCGGCGAACCUGCAGAACGCAUUUGAAGACUUUCGCCGCAGAGCACAAGAAGAUCGCAAGCGUUUAGAAGCCCAGUCCAUGAAACUACACGAGGUCAUAGAAACAACCAUGAAGAACUUCUCGGGUUCCUCAUCGCGAUCAUCGUCUGCGGCACCAGCGUCAGGUACCAGCAGAGGCAAAAACACUAAUAACCAUCAGGCAUCGCAGGAACUCAACUGGCGCCAGUCGCAGCUCAUCACUCAAGAAGGUAUGCGGCGAUCUUCGCAAGAGAUCUCCAAGCAAUGGGAGGAUAUCGUGUCUAAGAUGAAGCAGCGGAAGGUGAGCAAAACGCGCGCCAUGUCUGUGUUGUCUCUGGUGCAGUAUCCGGAAGAGCUAGAUUCAUUGGACCAUGCCAAUAAGAGAAAUUGUCGCUACUCCGGAGAAUUUAUGGAUCAAGAAAACGCAGAUUCACAAGAUUCUCCGCAACGUGGAAGGACUCGGCGCACGGACUUGAAGACCGAGAGCAUGUGGAACCUAAGUUGCCACGACUUCGACGACGACGACAAUGAGAGAUUGACGCUUUGCCAUUCCGAAGCAGCAUCUUGCAAAAUUUGCUGCAGAAAACUAUAA